AUGUCGGUCGCAAUCCGCAUUGACGGCAUGCAUUGCCAGUCGUGUGUGAACGCCGUAACGCUCGCUCUCAAACCUUUUCCGGGUGUUAAGAAUAUAGCUGUCUCGCUGCAAGACAACCGUGCCGAUCUAAUCUGUGAUAUGGGAAUCGUCUCCAUACCCGAUGUUCUAGCUGCCAUUGAAGAUUGUGGAUUUGAAAGUGCUCUCAUGUCUGGAGAGGACAAUACCAACAACACUGUUGCUGCACUGCCAAUGUCAGAACCAUUAUUAGUAGAUCCCACUCCUAUAUUUACUGCUUCCAUACCACCACAACCAAUACCGUCAAAGAUGACUGAUUCCACGUCAACCUUAUUGAUGACACCACAACCACCGAUUACACCUAUACUAUCACUGCCUUCUCCAAAUAUAAAGUCGCCAUCUAGCUCAACCUUUGCCAAGAGAGCUCAUCUACAGGUUUUGGGUAUGACUUGUGCCAGUUGCGUGGCCUCUAUCGAAAAGCACUUGAAAACUACUCCUGGAGUGAUAUCGGCCCAAAUAGCACUACUAGCCGAACGUGCUGAAGUUUUAUACGACACUCGAAUCACCUCUCCAGCAAACAUAGCACAGGCAAUAGAAGACAUUGGAUUUGAUGCAUCGGUGCUUCCAGACCAAGCUGUUGGAAGUGUCGACCUCAAAAUAUUUGGAAUGACGUGUGCUUCUUGCUCGGGAACCAUUGAACGAGAAUUACGAGCCAUGCAUGGCAUACGAGUCGCAAACGUCAACCUCCUCGGUCAGCAGGGACAUUUCGAGUUUGAUAAAAAUAGGAUAGGGAUACGUGAUAUAGUAAAUCGUAUAGAGGAUUUAGGAUUUAAUGCUUUGAUGGCUGAUUUGUCGUCAAAUGCUCAAAUCGAGUCACUGAAUCGAACUCGAGAAAUUCAGGAAUGGAAGGUAUCGUUUUGGAGGGCUCUUUCGUUAGCUCUUCCGGUGACUGCCAUAUCAAUGGUCUUGCCCUUGUCGAAUUGGGGCUGUGCUAUGGUCAAUGCUGUCGUGUUACCUGGUCUGACAUGUGGUAAUCUGCUACAAGGAGUCCUUACCAUUCCAGUCCAGUUUGGUAUUGGACGACGAUUCUAUAUAGCUAGUACCAAGGCAAUAUCGCAUGGUACAGCUACUAUGGACGUCCUUAUUGUCUUAGGAACUUCCUUGGCCUUCGUCUACUCGGUCAUGGCUAUAUUUGACGCCAUGUUCUUCUCACCAUCCCAUGCUAGCCCUGAAGUCUUUUUUGAGACGUGUACCACUCUGAUUACCUUUGUAACGCUGGGACGAUAUUUAGAGAAUCUGGCCAAGGGUAGAACUGGAACUGCCUUGUCAAAGUUGAUCUCCUUGGCCCCAAGUACCGCUUGUUUAUUAGAACCAACUACAAAUAAUAAUGCUGCCGACGCUGUAAAGGACAGUAAAACCGAUAUGAAGCUAUCCACACAUGUCUCAUAUACCGAAAAGUCCAUUCCAGUCGAAUUCAUAAAAGUAGGAGACUUGCUCAAAGUAGUACCAGGAGAUCGCAUUCCUGCAGACGGCAUAGUAGAAACAGGUGCCAGUGAUGUAGACGAGUCUCUGGUUACUGGUGAACCGAUACCAAUCCGAAAAAAGAUUGGAGAUGCUGUUAUUGGUGGUACCGUCAACGGGUCAGGCACCUUUGCCAUGAAAGCCUCACGAGUUGGUGCUGAUACAGCCUUGUCACAGAUCGUCAAACUGGUGAAUGAUGCACAAACUAGUAAAGCUCCCAUCCAGUCUAUGGCUGAUGCUGUAGCCGGAUAUUUUGUGCCAUCAGUCAUACUGCUAGGCGGACUCACCUUCCUCAUGUGGAUGUGUAUAUUGGUUAACGUCGGUCAAGUUCCACCAGCCUUCCCCAAAGAUUCCAAUUAUCUAUAUGUAUGCUUGAAUCUAGCUAUAUCCGUCAUUGUCGUAGCAUGCCCUUGUGCGCUUGGAUUGGCUACUCCCACUGCAGUCAUGGUUGGAACAGGAGUAGGUGCUCAACUAGGAAUUCUCAUAAAGGGCGCUGCGUCGCUUGAAAUCGGGCAUCGAGUCACGAAAAUAGUAUUUGACAAGACUGGGACUUUGACUGCUGGUAAAAUGUCUGUCGUGAAGGCAGAAUACUUCAAGACCAGAGUUACCAAAGGUGAUGCUCAUGCUACUCUGCAGUUGAUUGGAGCUGCUGAAGUCGGAUCUGAACAUCCUCUCGGACGAGCUAUAUCGAAAUAUGGGCUAGUGACGUUAAAUCAGCAAGCAUAUAGUAACCAAGUCACUGAAUUCGAAGCUGUAGGAGGAUCAGGUGUAACUUGUCACAUAGCUGGCCAUACCGUCUUGAUUGGCAACACUGAUUGGAUGAAAAAGCACGGAGUAGCCGUUAGCCAUGAAGUCGCUGCAGUACGAGAAUCUCUCGAAUCACUUGGACACACUGUAGUCCUUGGUGCCAUUGACGAUGAACUAGCAUGUCUACUCGGUCUCGCCGACUCUAUAAAACCCGAAGCAGUAACAGCCAUAAACGCACUCCGCAAAAUCGGUGUCAAAGUAGCCAUGGUAACUGGAGAUCAAGAGCUGACUGCCAGAGCCGUCGCACGUCAAAUCGGUAUAACGGAAGUACAUGCUGGAAUAUCACCUGCUGGUAAAAAGCACCUGAUUACAGAAUUCCAAAAGACGGAUGUGGUUGCCAUGGUUGGUGAUGGUGUCAAUGAUAGUGCUUCGAUAGCGCAGUCUGAUAUGGGGAUUGCUGUGUUUGGAGGCACUGAUGUGGCUGUUGAGGCUGCUAAUGUGGUCUUGAUGAGACCGGAUUUGACUGAUGUUGUUACUGCCUUGGAUUUAUCACGAGUCAUAUUUCAAAGGAUUCGAUUGAAUUUCUUUUGGGCGACCAUCUACAAUGCCAUUAUGAUUCCACUAGCCAUGGGUGCAUUCGCUCCUUGGGGAUUCAUCCUACAUCCAAUGUUGGCUGGAAUGGCCAUGUCACUCUCCUCCGUAUCCGUAGUAGUAUCCUCCCUCCUUCUAAAAUCAUACAAAAAACCAACCCUCGACACCACCGAAUCAAAAACCGACCAAUAUCAACCAAAACAACCAUCAACACCACGUAAAGUCCUCAAAGUGCUCAAUUCUGCGUUGAAUGUAGUGCACGUUGUGGGAUUGAAGACUGCAGUUGCUAAUGCAUCGUCUGCUUCUGCUGGAUAUCGCCUUGUGCACGAUGAUGAAGAGGAGGACGAGUAUGAGAUGGUUAUUAAUCGUGCUGUUUAA